CACUCAUGGCCGCCUCGUUUGGUAGCAGUAAAGGACCGGAGUUAUCUAAAGCUGAGUACCUAAAGCGAUAUCUAUCCGCUGAUGAAGAUGCUAAGAAAUCAAAGGGGAAGCUUAAAAAGAAGCGGCCUAAGGCUCCUGGGAAAGGGCUUAAAAUAGUAGAUGAUGACAUAGACUGGAAACAGAUGGUCAAAGAGGAGAAGGAGGUUGAAGAGGAGGACGAUGAAGCUCCAGUGAUAGCGGAGGUGAUUGACGAUCGACCAGAUGAAGUGAAACAGCUGGAGACUUUCAGAACCAGUAACAGGUGGAAAGUGAUCGGAGAUGAUGAAAAGAACGACUCAGAGGAGGAAAAUGAAAGAGGGGAUCAAUAUCUGGAGCCUGAGGCAUCAAGCAGGAGUCACCAUGAUUCACCAGAGCUUUCAUCAAAGAGAAGAAGAGAUGAUUCUCCUGUCAGAAAGACCCGCCAUGACUCACCAGACAUAUCCCCUCCUAGAAAAGGUCGCCAUGACUCCCCGGACAUAUCGCCUCCUAGAAGAGGUCGCCAUGACUCCCCGGACAUAUCGCCUCCUAGAAGAGGUCGCCAUGACUCUCCAGACAAGUCACCUCCAAGGCAACAUUCAGGGAAAUCGAGGAAAGUGCAGAGUAAAGAUUCAUCACCCGCCAGGAGAAAACCCAGCUCAUCUUUAUCAAGUCAGAAACGUUCACCUGAUCCUAGGUCUCAGAACAGACACGAUUCAGACUCUGACCAGUCACCCCCACGAAAAAAAACACAAAAGAGAGAAGCUUCUGACUCUGACCAGUCUCCACCCAGAAAGCGGCCACAGAAAGGGAAGGUCUCUGAUGAAGAUCUGUCACCACCUCGUAGGCCUGGCCAGUCACAGGGUCCGAGGAUGCUUUCUGGUGGGAAAGCAGGUCUGGUUUCUGUAGAUGUUCUAAGGAAAGAGCAGGAGGAGAACCGACGCAGAGAAAGACACAACCAGCCACUGGAAGAUGAAUCCCGCAAUGCUCAGACUGUGUUCCGAGACAAGAGCGGUAAGAGGAGGGAUUUGGAUACAGAGAGAGAAGAACAAAAGAAGAAAGCUGGAGAAAAAGCAGCAAAGGACGAGAAAUACGCUAAGUGGGGUAGAGGAUUGGCCCAGGGCCAGAUGCAGCAGCAGAAACUUGAGGAUGCAGUGCAUGAAGCCCAGAAGCCGCUGGCGCGUCACCAUGACGAUGAAGAUCUUGACCGCAUGUUGAGAGAGCAGGAAAGAGAGGGAGAUCCGAUGGCAGCCAUGCUCAGACGGAAAAAGGAUCGCAAUCCUAAGACUCAAGACAAACCUCGGUAUAAAGGUCCUGCACCCCCUCCAAACCGUUUCAAUCUUCAACCAGGCUACCGCUGGGAUGGAGUUGACAGGUCAAACGGUUUUGAAAAGAAGCGCUACAUGCGGAUGGCAGAUAAAAAAGCUGUCCAGGAGGCAGCUUAUAAAUGGAGCGUGGAGGACAUGUAGUGAUGAAUGGAAACUGAUUAAUCAGGAGCAGAACUGUGGAGCGAGACCGCCCAUCCUCAAUAAAUCCGUACUGCAGAUUAGACACAUCUACUCAACACACCUGAAGUUUUGAAAUAGAUAAUGCUCUGGAUUGUAAAGCAGUUUCAUACUGUAAAAGAAUAUACCGGAUUAAAGCAAACUGAUUAACUACAAACAUAACUGUACAUAUGAUCAUCAUGAGGUGACAGCAUCUGUAUGAUUUUGUAAUUAUUGAUUCAGUGUGGAGCUGAGACAGAUGUAGUUUUUUUUUACAGU